ACCCUACAAAUACCUCCACAAUAGUAUCAACUGAAGUUGAUAAUAUGAAGCUUCGCAAAAUGAUUGCUACAUGGAUCAUUAACUGCCAACGUCCACUUUCUAUAGUAGAAGACCCCGAAUUAAUUAAGAUUUUACAAUACUUAAACCCUACUAUACAACUGGCUAGGGCUAAUACAAUUAAGAAAACAGUCAUGAUGCUUUAUAGCUUAGGAAAAAAGGAACUAAAG